AUGCAGAUAGGGGGGUUUUGUAAAGCGCUUAAGACCGGGGUAAUGAUUACUGGAGUCUUAUUUGUGACAGGAAUAUGUAUAUUGACAGGGGUUGAGAUAGUAAAGAAAUAUGUAUUCAAUACGUCCACUCUUAAUACUGCUAUAGGUGAAAUUCCUGAAAUCGAUGAAAGUGGAAAUAGUAUAAUUAGUAAAGAGUAUGAAGACAGUGCAGAAAAGUGCAAAGAUAACUCUGAAGAGAAGGUGACAGGCAAAUAUGAAGAAGGUAGCAAAGAAAGCAUACAUUCAGAGAAAAGUAAGCAUGCAGAAGAAAAAAAUCCUGUGGGACCAGAAAAAAAUAAUAAAAGAGAAGAAAGUCCCAAAAUAUUAUCCGAAAGUGUUGUGUAUGACAAAAAAGAAGAUAUUAAGAGCAACCCGAUAAUUUUAGACAGAAAAGAAGCAGAUUUAACUAUAGGAGGCCAUUCAGAUGAAAAUAAUAUAAAUACUUUAGAUAAAGAAACUAUGCCAAUACGCCAAUCAAAGGAUCUAAAGGAAGAAGUACCAGCAAAUUUGCCAGAAGUUUCAAAGGAUAAAGUGCCUGCACAACUACCAGAAAUUCCAAAGGAUGAAGCAGCAGCACAACUACCCGAAAUUCCAAAGGAUGAAGCAGCAGCACAACUACCAGAAAUUCCAAAGGAUGAGAUACCACAGUCACCAGAAGUUCCAAUGGAUGAAGCAGCAGCACAACUACCUUUACAAAAAGAAAAAAUGGACAAUGGGGCAGACCAGGUAUUAAAAUCUAAUUUUGAUAUAAGUAACAAGUUUAUUAAUCACGAAUCACACAUAACAGAAGAAAAACAAGAAGAGAAACAAAUUAACCCUAAAAUUCUCAAUACAGAUGCAAACAUUUUGUUUAUGCGGGGCGAAGGUACAAAAGAUAAUGAACUUUAGUCAUAUCUAGGUAUUGAAAGUCCAUUGUAAAGUGUAAAAAUAAAUAUUCUAAGACAUAAAUAAGU